AAAUUCAGUUUUCUUUGUGCAAACGCCAACUUCCAUAACCGUUUCUUGGACAGGAUCCACCUGGCUGGCCGAAUCAACCGUUCCCUUCCUUUUGUUAUUUUCUUCCUCCGUUCUUUGAGACACCGAAGCUAGAAACCUCAUCAAGAUUCAAAUAUUAAAUUAAUCUCAAAAUAAAGAACCAAGAAAUCCUUCUUAAAUAAUUUUAAAACCCUCCCUAAUCAACCCCAUUCUUUGUUUUCUCCGUUCGCCCCCUUUCAUAUCUCAUAAUUUAAUUGUGUAUUGAAUCCAAAAAUAUAUAAACAUUUGCAGAAAAAGUUCUUGGCCAGUUCAAGAAACACCAUUCAUCAAGAAAAGGGGCAUUGAAUUAUUUUGGUGAAGGAGAUUUCCUCAGAUGAGUUUGUCUACAAUGAGAAUACAAAUAUUAUUAUCGCCUCUGAUGGUGAUGAUGAUGUUGAUGAUCGUGGCACGUGCUGGAGACACUAAUCCCGUGUUUGAUCCUUGCUCGGAUACAAAAGUUCAAAGAUGGGAUGGAUUUACAUUUGGUCUGGCAUUUUCUUCGAAGGAUUCUUUCUUUUUCAAUCAAACUCAGCUGUCCCCUUGUGAUAGUCGUCUCUCCCUCUCUGGGGGCCAUGGUGCUGAACUUGCUGUGUUUAGGCCGAAGGUUGAUGAGAUUUCACUUCUCACCAUCAACACCUUCAAUCCUAAAAAGGCUGGAGGUUAUAUGGUUGCAUUUGCUGGACGACAACAUGCAGCUCGAUCAGUUCCUAUCUUUGUUGCAGAUGACACUAACACUGUAACCAGCUUUACCCUGGUUCUUGAAUUCAAGGAUGGCGUUCUCCAAAAUUUAUUUUGGAAGAAAUUUGGGUGCGGUUCGUGUACUGGGGAUGCGUUUAUUUGCCUAAACAAUACUGAUUGUGCAAUUCCAAAUUCAAAAUGUAAAGCAAAUGGUGGAUCUAUGCCUUGUGACCUGGGAAUACAGUUGGCUUUCUCUGGCACGGACAAGAAUGACAAUGUGCUUAACUCGUGGUACGAGGUGGGAAAUCUUCGACAGUACUCCCUCUAUGCCUUGUAUUCUGAUCUUCGUGAUUCUUUCACCGCUCCAUUUACGAACCUUUUCUAGAAAUCCUACUAGACGACUUACUUUGUACUAUGUAUGAGUUCAUUUUUAACGAUAGAUUUUAUGUUCCUUUACACUUCUCAUUUUUGUACUUAUACAAGCAUGGGUUUGAUGUCGCCUUUUACAUAUCACUCAAUGCAAAGGUGAGUUUUUUUUUUUA